AUGGACAAGUUUGUUGAAGAAGAAAAGUUACAUGACACUUUUCCAUAUCUUGACAAUAUAACCAUUGGUGGUUAUGAUCAUGCACAUCAUGAUAAAAAUUGUCUGCGGUUUCAAGACGCUUCACAACGUUGGGGUCUAACUUUAAAUGAAUCAAAAUCGGUUAUUUCAGCUUCUUCUAUAAACAUUCUUGGUUAUUGCGUUAGUCAUAACAACAUAAAACCAGAUUCUGAGCGAUUACAUCCUUUAGACUUACUACCUCCUCCUUCUAACAUUUUAUCACUUCGGCGAACUUUUGGUAUGUUUUCAUACUAUUCAAAGUGGAUACCUUCGUUUGCUAAUAAAGUUCGGCCUUUAAUUAAUGUUAAAUCCUUUCCUAUCAAUAGUGAGGCACUUGAAGCAUUUCAAUUUCUUAAAAGAGAACUUCAUGCUGCCACUUUGAGUUCUAUUGAUGAGAGCUUACCUUUUGUUGUUGAAUGUGAUGCAUCAGUUGUAGCCGUAUCAGCUACUUUGAAUCAAAAUGGUCGUCCCGUUGCCUUUAUGUCUCGCACAUUAGGCAAAAGUGAAAUCAAUUACCCAUCAGUAGAAAAAGAAGCUGUGGCUAUUAUUGAAGCCGUUCGAAAAUGGCGACAUUUACUGUUACGGAAUCAAUUUAAAUUAAUUACUGAUCAGCGUUCUGUAGCUUUUAUGUUUGAUAACCGAAAGAAAACAAAGAUUAAAAAUAGUAAGAUUCAGUGCUGGAGGAUGGAGUUAGCAGAGUUUAUUUAUACUAUAUUGUAUUGUCCUGGAAGCGAUAAUAUCGUCCCUGAUGCACUCACACGUGCUUUUUGUGCUACAACCCAAUUUCAAACAAACCUAAGUGGUAUACAUAGCUGUCUAUGUCACCCAGGGGUUACUCGUAUGCUUCACUUUGUUAAAUCUAAAAAUUUACCUUUUUCUACAGAAGAGGUCAAGAGAUUUUGUUCUAACUGCCAGAUUUGUUCAGAAUUAAAACCAAAGUUUUAUCGAUCCUCAAAUGUCUAUGAGUUAAUCAAGUCAAUACAUCCAAUGGAUCGCCUAAGUAUAGAUUUUAAAGGACCAUUACCAUCUAAUUCUAGAAAUAAAUAUCUGUUUACAGUCAUUGAUGAAUAUUCUCGGUAUCCAUUUGCUUUCCACAAAGAAAUUGCAACUAGUAAUUCUACCCCAUAUCAUCCUAUCAGUAAUGGACAAGUUGAGAGAUAUAAUGGCUUGAUCUGGAAAAAUAUUUGUUUGGCACUAAAAACCCACAACCUAGAUGUUAGAAAUUGGGAAAUUGUUCUUUCAGACGCUCUCCACUCACUCCGUUCGCUACUUUCAACUGCAACUAAUUGUACACCCCAUGAGAGGUUAUUCAGUUUUCCUAGGCGCUCGUCAUCCGGAACUUCGUUACCCUCAUGGUUAACUCCUGGCCCAAUUUUUCUAAGACGUUUUGUGCGUACAAACAAGAACGAUAAUCUCGUGGAUAAGGUUGAAUUAGUGGAUGUAAAUCCAACAUAUGCUAAUAUUCGUUACCCUGAUGGACGAGAGUCAACUGUUUCACUUCAAGAUCUUGCACCGUAUCCUGCCCCAAAAGAAAAGUUUAAUGAUAUCAAUGAGGAUAGUAUCAAUGAGUCUAGUGAGAAUGUAACUGCAAAAGUACUUGAUGUAAAUAAAGACCCCUCACCUGAAAUUGCAUCGGAAAUCAGAGUUAGAAUAGAUGAGCCAGUAACUGAGCCGUUUGCUGAUGUAUUACGACGUUCUGCCAGAUCUUGUAAAGCUCCUGUAAAAUAUGAUGACUAUAUUUUAAAAUGA